AUGUCUACAACUGGUAUAAGGAUGACAAGUCACCAUUUAAGAAGAAAGAGACUAAAGCUUAUUUCAAUCUCUAUGGUGAUAUUGCUCCUAAUUUUAUACUAUCUUUCCAAAUCUUACCGUCAAGGGAUACAUGUUCGGUCAGUACAUGGGAAUGAAACAAUAGAGAAAGAUAUACAUCAGAAUGAUAUUCCCUUUAUUAGAACAAAUGGUGAACGCUUAUCUGAUUUAGGGCUGUCACCGUCGCACAAACUGGUAGAGAUCUACGACCCUAAGACGGGGAAGAAAAGACUUAUACAUGGGAGAUUCCUCCAUAUAACAGAUAUGCAUCCGGAUUCUCUUUAUGAAGCAGGUACAUCUAUGGACCAAGUUUGCCAUUACGGUAAACCCAAGGGUAAAGGAGAUACAGCUUUGAAAUUUGGUACUGCAAUGGGCGGAUGCGAUUCAUCAAUGGAUCUCAUUGAACAUACUUUACGUUGGAUUGGUGAAAAUUUAAGAGAUGAGAUUGAUUUUGUUGUUUGGACAGGUGAUAAUAUAAGACAUGAUAAUGAUAGAAAGAACCCCAGAACGGAAUUUGAAAUAUUUGAUAUGAAUGAGUUGAUUGCUGGAAGGAUGGAAACUCUUUUUGGUAGUCAAGAAAGUGAUGAUCCCAGAGAAUUCGAUGUAAAUGUGAUACCAAGCCUGGGAAAUAAUGAUGUUUUCCCUCAUAAUAUGUUCUCCUUGGGACCAACAUUACAGACUAGGGAAGUUUAUAAUAUAUGGAAUAAUUUCAUACCUCAGGAGCAAAGGAGGUUUUUUGGUAUAGGGGCCUCCUUUCUUACUGAAGUGAUUCCAGGGAAAUUGGCCGUCCUGUCUAUUAAUACGCUUUAUCUGUUUAAGGCAAACCCACUUGUUGAUAACUGUAAUUCUAGAAAGGAACCUGGGUAUACCCUUUUAGUAUGGCUCGGUAAUACGCUACAAGAAUUCAGGAAAAGGGGCAUGAAAGUAUGGCUUACUGGUCAUGUUCCUCCAUUGGAGAAGAAUUUUGAAAGCAGUUGUUACAAUAAAUUUACUCUAUGGACACACGAAUAUAGAGAUAUAAUAAUUGGAGGGUUAUAUGGCCAUAUGAAUGUUGAUCAUUUUAUACCUGUUGAUGGUAAGAAGGCUAGAAGGAACAUUAAUAUUCCUAAGAAUGUUUUCAACAAUAAAGAUACUGCUGAGAAUGAAGACGAUGCUGAUGAAAUAUUCUUACAACAUGCAGAUCCUGGAAGGGAAGUGCGUUUGAUGGGAGCAAAGCCUGUCAAUAAAGAAACUUAUAUGAAGGGUGUGCGUGAUAAAAUAUACAAAAAGGUGCAUGAUAAAUUAGCUUCAGUGAAGGCAGAAAAUGCUGCAAGGAGAAAUGGUCCAAGGACUGUGGAUGACAUUUAUGAACGUUAUUCGAUUGUGAAUAUUGCUGGAUCCAUUAUACCGACAUUUAAUCCAUCAUUUCGUGUCUGGGAAUAUAAUAUUACUGACUUGGACAUAAAUAAAGAGCAACAACAAUUUGUUCCAUGGGACGAGUUUUUUUCUACCCUUGAAAAAGAAAUACAGGACAGUGAUGACAUGCAGGAUAUUGACAAUUCCAUGUUAGUUGCUAAAAAGAAGAAACGGGUGGAUAAGACUAUACCGAAAAAGAUUGCCAAAGAAUGCAUACCCUUGGCCCAGCAUAUACCCCUCAGUUGUUUACUCCAACAAAAUUUAUUCAAUAUUACGCAGAUUUGA